UAGUUAAACGUAGGUGCUUGCUAGCAGUAGCUAUCUUUUUGAUGGCGGCGCUAUUUUCAGGCCGCGCUCAAACAGUUUUUUUUCACUCGUGUACAGUGUUAGCGAGUCAAGACUUAAAGAAACAGUCUGUUACAGAAACUGUUGUGGCUAACGGCAACAUGGUCUUAGUCCGUGGAAUAAAAUGCAAUGCAAAACUUAAACCUGAGCUUCUGAAACAUUGCGGACAUUAACUGGACCAGCAGUUGGGGAUAAAGCUAAGUCGAAACAUUCAGCACAAUUAGCAUAUUUUGCGAAGUUUGCUGGAGCUGCCAAUGAAAGUGUUUGCAGACCUGCUAGAAAAGUUGUUUGCUCUGUUGCGUCCGCUAUUUAUCUCUAUUUACACAAGUUCCCAGCACUAGUUUGGCAUCAAUUUUAAAACGAAACGCCCGUCUGUGGACCUGCUCCACCGAUGUCUGAUCGCUUGCAUUGUCAGUUACAGAUCAGAAGGACAGUAUGGCCACUACUGUAGCUGUCAGUCCCAGCGAAUACCUCCAGCCUUCUGCCACCUCCGCACAAGACUCCCAGCCCUCUCCUCUGGCCCUCUUGGCCGCCACCUGCAGUAAGAUCGGGCCCCCUGCCGCCCAGGCCCCUGUCAGCACCCCUCCGGCCCAGCCCACCACCCGCCGCCUGCACCCCAUCAAGCCGGCGCCCAUCGCGCCAGCGCCCCCCAAGAACGCCCUGGGCUUCCUCUCGGCCAAGGGCAAUGUGAUCCAGCUGCCGGCGGGCCUGGGCGCCUCGGGCUCCAGCCCCAUCCUGCUGACCAUCCAGAGCCCCACGCGGCAGGCGGCCGCCCCGGCCAACAUCCAGUACCAGAUGAUGCCCCAGAUCCAGGGCGCGCAGACCAUCCAGAUGGUGCCGCAGGGCAGCCAGAUCCAGCUGAUCCCCGGCACCAACCAGGCCAUCAUCACCACGCCGGUGACGAUGCCCGCUGCCGCGCCCGCCCAGCCCCAGCCCAUCGUCACCAUGGCGACGGCCGCGCCCCAGAAGACGGUGGCAAUCAAGCCGUCGACGCAGAAGCGGCGGCAGAACGUGGUGCGGCUGCCCAGCGGCCUCACGCUUCCCCUCAACGAGAUGGGCGUCACGGAGACGCAGCAGGCGACCACGACGCAGCCGCCCGUCAAGACCUCCAGGAGGGGCCGCAAGAAGCAGACGCCCGUGGCCGCCGUCGCCCCCACCCCCGUGGCCCCCCAGCCGGCCUCGCCCUCCCCCGUGGCCGAGCAGAUGGAGACGCUCCUCAUCGAAACCACAGCAGAUAACAUCAUCCAGGCGGGGAACAACCUGCUGAUCGUCCAGAACCCCGGCUCCGCCCAGCAGGUGGUGCAGCAGGUGCAGCUGGUGCAGCCCAAGCAGGAGCAUCAGCAUCAGCAACAGCAACAGCAGCCUCUGCAGCAGCAGCAGCAGCAGAUGGUCCAGAUCCCCUCGCAGGCCCUCAAGGUGGUGCAGGCCGCCUCCGCCACGCUGCCCCAGGUGCCCCAGAAACAGCCCACCCAGAAUCUGCAAAUGGCGUCCACCGAGCCCACGCAGGUGCUGAUCAAGACGGCGUCAGGCGAGUGGCAGGCGGUGCAGCUGCAGGAGACCACCAUCGGCCAGACCCAGGUGGCGCCCGUCACCACCCACGCGCCCGCCAUCAUGAACGCCUCCGUGGCCACGGCCAUGGCGACCGCGCCCAAGCGCGCGCUGGCGGCGGGGGCGCGGAAGGAGCGCCCGCUGCCCAAGAUCGCCCCGGCGGGCGGGCUGAUCGCGCUCAACGCCGCGCAGCUGUCCUCGGCCGUGCAGGCCGUGCAGACCAUCAACAUCAACGGCGUGCAGGUGCAGGGCGUGCCCGUCACCAUCACCAACGCCGGAGGCCAGCAGCACCUGACGGUGCAGACGGUGCCCGGGGGCAGCCUGCAGCUGGGCGGCGUGACGGGGCCGCAGGUGGAGCAGACGCUGGCGCUGGAGCUGCAGAGCCAGCCGGGCGAGAAGAAGAGGCGCAUGGCCUGCACCUGCCCCAACUGCAAGGACGCCGAGAAGAGGCCGGGCGAGCUGGGCAAGAAGAAGCACAUCUGCCACAUCCCGGGCUGCGAGAAGACGUUCCGCAAGACGUCGCUGCUGCGGGCGCACGUGCGCCUCCACACGGGCGAGAGGCCCUUCGUCUGCAACUGGGUCUUCUGCGGCAAGCGCUUCACCCGCAGCGACGAGCUGCAGCGGCACGCCCGCACACACACGGGAGACAAGCGUUUCGAGUGCUCGCAGUGUCAGAAGCGCUUCAUGAGGAGCGACCACCUGACGAAGCACUACAAAACGCACAUCAACACCAAAAACUUAUGAGCUGGUGCCCUCCUCCCCUCCCCCACCGCCAGUACGGACACGCGGCCGGCCGGCCAAUCACGCCGCCCCGCGCGGUGCCCUGGACGACCGCUGACCGCGGAGACUGACCUACGGACACCAGCAGCAGGGAACGAGGAAUCGCUCUGACGGGAGGGGGGGCACGACGGUGACGACGCGUGGGCUGUCCGAGCGGACGGAUGUCACGCCCGCUGUGCCCCGGCCUCUGCCCGCCCCACUCUCCCGAACCCCCACCCCCACCCCCCCUUUCCCAUCCUCCUUCAUGAAAGUGGUGCCAUGUGGAUGACCGAAAGCGUUUCCCCUUCCCUGGCGUGAGUUCAACCCCCGACGCUGGCACAGAGAGAAGGUGAUGGAGGCCAACGCGUGCGCAUUAUGUGUUGGAGCCUCAGUGUUGCCAAAGCCUCUGAGGUCUGUGUCCAGGCUAUCGGGUCACUCAACCCACCCCUCCGCUCCCCCCCCCCCCCCCCAAAACCCCCUAAAAAAGUAACUCAUGCCCUGUGCCACGCCUCAAGCCACCUGCAAAGUGUUGUGGGUGGGUGAAAAGUUGCGAAGGGGAGUUGCGAAGACCUCGUCAGGGCGUCACCAACAAAUACUCCAGCCAAAAUGUCCCCGUAUCCUAUAAUUUUCUCAGUGUUUUAUUUAACAGAAGAGGCAUUGUUUGUUUGUUUGUUUGUUUACUUGUUUUGUCUGUCUUGUUUUCUUACAUUCAUAUGUUGUAGUAAUCCCCAGACGUAACAAUUUGCUUACACGUGUUCUCUUUUGUCGGCACAAACAUGCAGCAGUACUUGUAUACUCAAGUAUGAGUAGCCCAGGCCCAAGUGUUUGGUCAUCCUAUCGAUUUUCAAAUUCAAAGCCUAGUUUUGGUUCUGGAAAACGUCGGCAUUUUGUAUUGGCUUACAUUAUUAACGAAUGCUGUCAAAAAAAUGACAACAUAAUUCCUCUUGAUUUGUACUGAUUUUUUUUGUUAAUUUUUUCUAUGAUGAGACAAUCAUGCAGGGGGGAAGUUCAUGCAGGGACUUUUUUUUUUUUUUUUUUUUUUUUCCUCACAGUUAAAGGGCAAAUAAUGCUUACACCUCAUUGCUGUCCCCCUAGUGGAACACUUGUAGUGCCUCUUCACUUAAGGGUCACUGCCCAUAGUUUGUGGCGAUUGUGGCAUAGCAGGGGUCAGACACCCCACUAGUAGAUGAGACCAUAAAUCCUCAUUUCAGUUAGUUGCAAAGCGCAUUUUUUUCAUGUGCUUGUUCCCCUGCCUAAGGUGUACAGGAAACCCCCAGAGAAACACACCUGAGACCAGGUUUCAGUUUUUUAGUUGUUUUUUUCCUCUCUAUGAAUUGAAUUGGAUUGGAUUGAAUCUCCCAAAUGAACCCACACACGUUUCGGACACAUUGCCCCCCUCCCCUUAUUUAUGCUAAGUGAUUCUCAUGAGAAAACAAAAAUGGACCAUUCUGAUGUUGGAAUGGAACAUGACGUGGUUCAGUAUUCUAUUGUCAGGUGAACAUGGUUAACCCGCUGAAGGGAUGCGACUGGCGUGGCAGCGUGCCGUGUGGUGUCGCCUGUCCAUCGCACUCUGCUGAAGCACAUGUUCCUCUGGUGACCUGCCCAAGAACCUCAACAAGAGCCCCGGUGGAUGGGCAAAGGCCCCCCCUGUGCAUAUGGAUGUGUGUACUGUAAGUCUGUAUUUGUAUAUAUUGUGUCGGAUUACGAUGUCUGGAAAUCGGUUACAAAUGAGCCUCGUAUUUUGGCUAAGCAGGCCAAAGGAAUCCUGAAGGAACAUGGACUCUGUGUACAGUGUAAAUGAGACGAACCCAUGAAAUGAAAAGGAAUAUCUUGUAUAGCUUCAUUCUUGCGCAGUGUGUGUGACCCCUUUUUUUAUUAACUAAGAAAAUGUUGCCUUAGACCGUUGCAACCAGUAUUUAAUGAAAUGAGAUUUUCAGUCUAAUUCCAGGGAACUGCAUUUGUAGAGUGGCGUUAAUAUUAUUUUUUAUUAUAUUUUUUUUUUUGUCUAACUUAUGUUGUACGAUGCCAGUUGAUGUGCACUGAUUACAGCCCCAGUUUGUGUGAUUUUGUUCUUUUUUUAUUUUGUUUUUUUCUAAAUAAUAGUUUGACCAUUUCAGCUUCAUAGAGGUCAGACUGGUCAGAUACAAAAUGGCUCCGAUUUCUGGGGUCAUAAACAUAUCCUCCCCGAGCCUAAAACCCUUCUUUGUUUAAAUGUGAUAGACUACAGUCUAACUCCCUAUUUGCUCUCUCUGAUUCUCACGUCUUUAUGACUUUUACUGAGGUGCUUACAUUUGAGAGCUUGCUAUAUAUUUUUUGUAUAAUGUCACAAUCCCCGUCCCACUCUCCCUUCCCCCAAUAAAGCAUUCAAACCACA